UGAGGGGCGGUGCGGCCCCGGCUCCGCCCCGGCCCGGAGCAGCCAUGGCGGGGCUGGAGCCACUAUACGCCUUGGCAAGGGCCGUCAUUUCCCGCCCGCAGGACGCUCUGGUCUGUGGCAUCCACUGGGAGCUGGUCCGGCACGGCUACCGCUGCCUGGGCACGGGCGACCAGCCAGGUCCCGAUGAAAGGAAGUCAGAGCUGUUGCCCACCGGCUGGGAAGCCAAUAAGGAGGUAUAUACACUGCGCUACAAGUCCACGGACGAUGCCCAUGAGCUGCUGCUGAAGGCCAUCAUGGUGGAGGACAGUAUGAUCCUCAAUGUCAUGGAUCGGAGCUCUCAGAAGGUGGCAGAUGUGACCUUGGCAGUGGCCGACUACAUCAACCCAGAGCACCUGGACGAUUUCCACAAGGUGUACAAGAACACCGAGGAGCUGAGGACAAGGAUCGCUUCAGGCAUCAUUGCUCCCCUCAGAGGCCCUGCAGAAAAGGCCGAAAAGGAGCCUGAGUCCAAAAGGGAUGUGCACUGGGAUGAGGACCCGCUCCGGCUCCCUCCCCGGCAGCCAGUGGGCACAAGAGCCCCAUCCAGGCCUUCCCCCUUGAGCCCCUUUGCUGUUGGUGGGGAAGACCUGGACCCUUUUGGAGGUCGAAGUGGGGGAAUGAUUAUGGACCCUCUCCACUCUGGCUUCCCACAUCCUGGUAUUGACCCAUCGUCGGGCAUCCCAGGCCGGCUUCCCCCAGGAGCUGUCCCACCAGGCGCCAGAUUUGACCCCUUUGGCCCGUUAGGAGCUGGGCGACCCGGGCCAGAUCCUGACCACCUUCCCCCUCCAGGCUACGACGACAUGUUCAUGUGAGGAGUCACCACGUGGCUGCUCACAAACAAGUCUUCUGGGAAGCAGGGGCACUUUGCCUCUUCACUCCUCGUCUGAUGGGCGUACAUCUUUCCAGCAGCAUUUUCCUCCUCUCUGUUUUGGGCCACAUUCCCAUGUGUCCCAUCAGCUAUAAAGGCUUCCCUGUUUGCAGAACGGAAGAGGAGGCAGUAGUAGGUCAUUUCUUUCCCUGCUCCUCUGAGGGUACCCGGCCAUUUGCACCCAGCAAGGUGGGAGCAUGGGGUGUGGCGUUCUGGGAGCGGCCUGGGUGUUGUGGGAUUUCUCCUCUGCUUCUCUGGGGUGGCAGAGCUUGCUGCUGGGGUCUCACAAGUGGUGGGUGUGAGGAGGGAGCUGGCUCCUUGCUGCUCCUCUGCAGAAAACCACAGCAGACUUGUGAAGGGGACAGCCAGAGUGGGCUCCCCACAGAGUGGGUUUCUCUCUUGCUCUGUAUCUGAGCAAGGCACUGAUUGAAGGGCUGGAAAGCCCAACCCGCAGGGUCUCCAUGGGCAGACCCCCAGCAGCAGCUGAGAUUACAGCUUUGCCUGCUGGCUUUGAAGAGCAGCACCAGAAAAGCCUUUGAUGUGCAUGAGAAGAGAAAGAUUGAAUUCCUGGCUCACCUUGCCCCCUCUCUUUCCUGCAGCUGUGGUGUUUUUCAUUCCUGGGGUGUAAUUGAAGCCCUGCAGGCAGUGUGGCGAGGGGUGCCCACUGGGCACUGCAGGAGUGUGGGUGCUUUGCAAAAGAGUUUUCUAGAACACAUUCUCCUGCUGUCAGUCUUGUGUGUGGCUCUGCCUGGCUGGCUUGGGGAGAAUGGCUGAGAUCUGCAUGGCUCAGGCUCCUGAGCUCUCUCUAGCAACCCCCCAUCCCCACAGAUUCCCCAGGUCAGUUGAUUUUGGGCCUGCAGCUCAUCUCCUGCCAGGGGCUCAUGCUGUUUUUCUUCUCGUGGUUUGAUCUCUUAGAAGGAUGUUCAGGAGACUGAAAUAAAAACCUGACAACA